AUGGAAGUGCCCACGCUGCUGCUUUUGCUCCUCACAGUUUCCGGAUAUUCAUAUGUGUUGCAACCGGGAUUGGAAGUCACCCAGAUAGCUGGGCUGGACAGAGACCACCUGUCUGAGAUGAGGAAUCAGCAUCAGGGAGAUGAUUCCAUACCAGUAGAAGAGAAAACAGAAGUGGUCCAGUGCUCGGACAAAGGCGUGGACAGGGUCCCUUAUGGUAUUCCCUAUAAUGCCCGCUACAUCCUCCUCAUGAAUAACCUCAUCAACACCAUCCAGCUGGACCUGCUCAGUGAAUACGUCUCUAUGGAGUUCCUUGUGUUUAGCAACAAUCGGCUCACAGAUGUUUCCGUCGAGGGGGCCUUUGAGGGGAUCCCGGCUCUGAAGCGCCUCUACCUGGAUAGGAACCUCCUAGACAACGUUCCAACUGAUCUUCCAUUGUCUCUGGAGGAGCUUCGUUUGGACAAUAACCGUCUGAGUGUGGUGUCUGAGGCAGCCUGGGCCCGUUGCCCCGGCCUCUUGGUUUUGAGCCUCAGCAACAACAGCCUGGGGAAUGGAUCUGAAUCUCUUCCCAGUGCAGUGCUCUCUCCUUUGUACAACCUGCGCACCCUGAACUUGGAUCACAACCAGUUAACAUCGGUUCCUCUGGGCUUACCACUGUCCAUCAAGGAGCUCUACCUCAAAGGGAACCUCAUUGAGCACUUCCGUGGAGGAGUCUUCAAUGGGAUAUCAGAGCUGGUGGUUUUAGAUUUGAGUACAAACAGACUUACUAGCAAGGGCCUACUCAAGGACUCCUUUCUCAAUGCGACCCACUUGGAAAGCCUCAACUUGGAGGGUAACAGACUAAAACAAGUGCCACGACACCUUCCCCACUCACUGAAAACUCUAAAUCUGGAGGGCAACCUCAUAUCUUCCGUAAAGAAAGCGGCUUUUGGCACCCUGAAAAACCUCGAGCACUUGGGUUUAGCAAGAAAUAAAGUCUUCAAAGUGGCUCCAGGGGCAUUCAGGACAUUGCCCGUUCUGCACCAGUUGGACCUGUGUCACAACAGCUUGCGCCAGGUGCCCAGGCAGCUGCCAGAGGCUCUGCACUCGGUAGCACUCAACCACAACAAGAUCCAAUCAGUGCCUCGUGAUGCUUUCUGCUGGGGCAAUAAAAAAGUGAGUCUCAGUGGGCUUGUACGAGUGCAGUUGGAACACAACUUAAUCGAUAUGGGGAAGUUGGAUGCUCAGGCUUUCAGGUGCUUACGGGGAUUCCAGGUGGUGCACUUUUACUGA